AUGUUAGCAGUUAACGAACUUCCUCAACAUAUUUCAUUCCUCCAAACUUACCUAGUCCAGCCAUGCACAAGGCAAUGCCACAGCCAACAAACCUGCUUGAACUACCAUUCUCUUUCAGAAAGAAGGAGAAGUCCAUUCCUCAGCUCAGGGAAUCUUGCCUAUACAGCUGUUAUGUGCCAUCAGCUUAUCCAAGGAAAAAAUUGUUCUAAAGGAGACUCCUGCUCGUCCUGCCACACCUUUUCUGAACUUAAUUACCACCCUAGCAAGUAUAAAACUACAUGGUGUAGCCAAGAAGACUGCAGAGGACCGACACUAUGCGCCGAUGCCCAUCGAGAUUUUGAGCCGCUUCGGAUUUUCCAAGCCACCCCUAAGGCCCAUUCUAUAUCUACGCUUGUAGAAAAGCCUGACUCCCCCUCCCCUCCGUGAGCGAACAAGAUUUUUUGUUCGCUCACGGAGGGGGUUUAAAUUUUUUUUUUAAGAAUUUAUAUAUAUAGUAAUUGCCCGAGGAUGGCGCUAUCUUGCGCCAUCCUCAGGCAAUUCCUAUAGAUUUUAUAGAAAAAAUUAUAUUUUUGAAAUUUAAAAAAAUCCUAAUUCGCAGAAAUUGGAAAGCAAAUUUAUAAUUAUGCUUUAAAACGAAAUUUGUUUAAAAUAAAAUAGAAUUAACUAAGAUUUCAUCAUGCUAAUUAUCACUUGUAUAUCAAAAUUUUCCCCAUAAAACAUUUUUCUAUUAAAAAAUUUUCUUCGCUCACGAAGGGUGAAUUUUUGGGGAUUUUUCUAAUGGUUUUCUUCGCUCACGGAGGGGGGAGUGAGCAUCUCAACCUCUCCUAUUUCAAGACUCAGCCUUGCAAGAUUACGACUCCUCACAACCCUAAACAUUGUGAAUUUUACCACUCAAAUCGUGACAAAAGAAGACUAGACCACUACUCUCCAGAUUUAUGUGGAGACGGCGAAAAAGAAGUAUGCGGCAAUGAAGCUUGUGGGAAAUCCCACAAUAGGGUUGAGCAGCUUUACCAUCCUGAAAAAUACAAAACGAAAUUUUGUACCUUUUUCCCUUAUAAAACAGAAAAUUGUGAUUAUGGGAAUUUUUGCAGUUUUGCGCACUCAGAAGAUGAUAUAAAGGUAGAACUUAUUCAUAACUACCCGAGAGACCAUAAUUUUUAUCUGAAUCAUUUUAAAACGGUUUGGUGUCCUUUUAAUGCGCCGCAUGAUAAAGCUUUGUGUGUUUAUGCUCACAACUGGCAGGACUUCAGGAGAAAACCUAAUCAGGUUGACUAUGAAUCUUUGCCUUGCCCGAACUGGAAAUCCUCAACUUUUAUAGAGAUUUAUAUUAAAUAGUCAUUUUUUCUAAUUCUCCAAUUAAAUUGGGGCAAAAAGAUCUCGUCGUGGUUAAUUCUAUUUUAGAAAUUUUUUAGAUAAAAUUAUUUUAAAAUCUAUCGAUUUAAAGUGCUAAUUUGUUCAAAAGCAUUAUAUUUGCACUUCCCCAUUUAAAAUAUAACAAUUUGCAGGUUAAAUUUUUAAUUUGGUCACAUUAAAUUGAUAUCAAGUUAUUUAUAUAGAAAUUAUUAUAAAAAUAAAGUUUUUGUCGAUUUAAAGAUGUCUUAAUUUACUAAUAAAUGGAAAUUUAUACUAUAUUUUUCCACUUUAUAAUGAGAAGGGUAAUUAAAAUAGCUAUUUAUAAUAAAAGUUUAUAUUUUAAGCUACGAAGAAGGCGGAUGUCACAAUAUGAUGAGCUGCACCCGAUGCCACGGAUGAAAAGAAAUCGAAUACCACCCCAGGACUUACAAAACAAGAUCAUGCACGCUAGGCCGGAACUGUCCAAAAAUGCAAGACUGUCCUUUCUAUCACAGCACAAAGGACAGAAGAAUCGUUGAUAGUUCUCCCUUCAAAGAGUACCCAAUAAAUAGCAACUAUAAGUCCCAAACCCCUCAUCCCCAAAAAUGCAUGCUCUCCCCAGACCCUCACCAAAAAAUCGCCCAAACCCCAUUCUGCCUGAAUAAGCCUUUUUCCUUUGGAUUUAUUCCUACAGAAAACGUAGCUGCCGUAAACCAUAUAAAUAGCACAACUGAUGAAUUUGUGCUGCAUCGAGGGAUUGCUGCUAGAAAAGGCUUAUCAGCCGAAGCCAGCAGCUUUAAUUCAGAAAACAAUGCAAAUCUUGACGCUAGAGUCUUGCAAUUUUUGGCAAGGCACAAAUUGAGGCACCUGAAAAAUAUGUUUGUAGGUGUCAAAUGGGAAGAUUUAGGUAGCGUAAAAUUGGACGGCGGGUAUGCAGAACUAUUAUCAAAAGCUUUACAAGAGGAAAAAGCAGAAAUGGAGAUGGCUGAUGAACUUUUUGACCACGUGUUUACAAAAGAGCUGAAAAAUGAGGAUUUAAUUAUCAAUAAAAAUGUGUGGAAAAUGGAAAACCCGAAGAAGGGGAAUGCUCCGGUCACAUUUUCGUCCUUUCCGACUUUUAGUAUUUGGUAA